CGUAGGCCCUUCUCAUGGCCAUCAUUUAAACCACGACUUAAACCCAUCUCCCUAAUUUUCUCAUUAACAAACCAGAUCCCCUCUACAAAGCCGCGCAGGCUGCUUCUACAUACAAAACAUAAAAAAUGGCCGCCGCCGCCGCCGCCGCAAAGGAAGAUCACGUCAUUAUGUUUCCCUUCUUAUCCAAAGGUCACACGAUCCCCCUCCUCCACCUCGCUGCCGCCCUUUCAUCCCGCAACAUCCUCACCACCCUCAUCACUACUCCGGCGAACCUCCCCUUCUGCCGCGACUACCUUUCCUCCAAGGCCCCCGCCGUCACCGUCGAUCUCUUCGCAAUCCCUUUUCCUUGCCACCCCGACCUCCCCGCCGGCGUCGAGUCCACCGACUCCCUCCCCACCUUCUCCCUUCUACCCACCUUUAUCAAAGCCACCAACUCUCUCCACGACCCCUUCCUACGCAUCCUCCGCCGCCUCCUCCUCUCCCCCACCCCUCCCCUCUGCCUCAUCUCCGACUACUUCCUCGGCUGGACUCUGCGCAUAUCCUCCCGCUUCGGCCUUCCCCGCCUCGUCUUCCACGGCUCCUCCACCUUCUCCAUUUCCCUCAUCAAGUCUCUUUGGCCCAAUAUUCCAACCGUUUCUACCGACGACGAUACCUUCCCGAUUGUCGGAGCACCACCGACUCUCCGCCUCACCAUGACCGAUGUGCCAGAAUUCGUGCGUCAAGUAGUCAACCCCCUUGACCCGUUGACUCAGUCCAUGAAGUCGAACGAAGAAAUGGACGUCGGGAGUUGGGGGGUAAUAGUCAACAGCUUUGCCGAGCUGGAGCCGUCGGCGUACGUUAAACUACUGGAAUCGUUCUACGAACCGGUGGCCGGAGGACGAGCGUGGCUCGUCGGUCCGCUAAACCUUCUAACCGGAACCAAACCGGUUGACUCAGACUGCAUUCGGUGGCUCGACCGGCAGCCGGUUGGCUCGGUCGUCUACGUGGCGUUUGGGACGCAAGCGGAUGUUUCGGAUGAGCAGCUGGAUGAAUUGGCCCACGGGUUGAUGCAGGGCGCGGGUCCGAUUCCUAAUGGGUUGUGCGCUCCCAGAGUUGGGUGGCAACCCAACGUGCGGAGGAUUUGGGGAGGGAUAGAGAGAGCAUGGGAUCCCACAAAAGGAUAG